GCCUUAUCUGUUAGCACCGUGCAUGCUUGUGAUCUUCUCGAGGUUAGUUUAGCCUCGGGAAAAAUUAUUAUUUCUAAUUCAGUAGUUCGCAAUCUUCCUAUCUGUAUUGGUGGUCGAGUUCUGGAGGCCGAUGCGUAUGUUAUUGAUAUGCGAGACUUCGACGUGAUCUUGGGCAUGGACUGGCUCACCCGUUACCAAGCCGAUAUCCGGUGCCAGGAGCGCGAAGUCACCCUUUAUCCUGUUUCCGAUCAGCCUGUU